CAAAGUUCAGUGGAUGAUUGAGAUGGCCAAGGUUCAUUCUUUAGUGCCAAUUGCUCCGGCCGAUGCUUCUUGUUCUCCAUACACGGCUCCAAAGGGGGAAGCUUUCACGGUGUGGAUGAAGUCGCUCGUCAUGCAAGGAAAUGGCUGCACUGUUUUCAACCAGAAAGGCGAGAUCGUUUACCGUAUAGAUAACUACGAAAAGAAGGGUAGCAGAAAAGUUUUUCUCAUGGAUUUACGCGGAAAAGUUCUCUUCACCAUAAUUCAAAGGAAACUUCGAGUUUUUGGGCGCUGGGAGGGUUACAAAUGUAGUGAAUCCGAUGCGAAUGAUGGAAAACUUUGGUUUUGCGUCAAAAAAGGUUGUCCCAUGUUUAAAAGGAGAUCGUCCUGCCAAGUUUCUGUGCACUGUGAUAAGGCUCAGGCAAGAUGUUUUAACAUAGAGAGCACGGCUGGUAAAUUGGAAUUCAGCAUAGUCAACAGAACAGGAGGCCUGAUUGCAGAGGGAAAGAGGAAGCAGUCAUCUUCUGGAGUAUACCUAGGAGAAGAUGUUUUGACUUUGGCAGUGGAGCCUGAAGUUGAUCAUUCCCUAGUCGUGGCUCUUGUCGCUGUUUUCGGAUCAAUGCAUCGGAGAAUGUGAUCUAAUCUUGACAUAGUGAGAGCGGCGAGCCCACCACGCCUUCUAUUUUUAUUUUGGCCAAUGAGCAGUCUUUUUCCCUAAGAAAGCAGAAGCAAGGCAGAGAGUUCUUGUACAAUACUGUACAUUUUGUAAUAACACAAGAAGCGGAAAAUAUGAAAAUGAGCCACGCUUGUGUUCUCUCAAC